GCGGGGCCGGGCGGGCGGCGAGCGGCGGCCGCGCUUGUCAGGCCGGUGCCGGUGUGAUGAAGAUUGGCGGGCAGGUCCUGCUGUCUGCACCUGUGUGUGUCCAUCUGUCUGAUGGUUCCCUGCAUGCCCCCUUUGGAUGGUGCCCAUCACAGAGUCACAGAUGGUGAGGUUGGAAGGGACCUUCAGAGAUCACCCAGGCCAAGCCCCUGCCAGGGCAGGGUCAUCCAGGAGUGCACCCAGACCCAGAUUGCUCUGCUGACCCUCAGUGAGACCCUGUGCUGGGGAUUUGCUGCCCUCCAGGAGCCGAAGAGGACGGGAGUGGACCCCAGAGCCCUGCAGCGGCUACGGCCAGGCCGGCAGCGAGGUCGCCUCCGUCUGCCGCACCCCUCUUGGUGGUGAUCCCUGCAAGGACCAUCUGGCUCUUGGGGUGGCAAGAGGACGCUUGCAGGGCAGUGGCUCCCCAGGCACCCCCACACGGCUCUCGAUGUGACUCCGGCGCAGGAUGCACCAUGUCUCCCCGGCACCGGCGCUGACCAUGAUGGCCACCCAGACCGUGCCCCCUCCUCCCUACCAAGACACCCCACAGAUGACAGCCACAGCCCAGCAGCCCAGCAAGGCACAACCUGUGCACCUCGCCACGCCGGCGGCAGCCACCAACGCUCCGGUUCCUGCCACGGCUGGUGACCCCCAGGCGCAGCUGGAGGCUGACAAGAGAGCUGUCUACAGGCACCCUCUGUUCCCGCUGCUGACUCUGCUCUUCGAGAAGUGCGAGCAGGCCACGCAGGGCUCGGAGUGCAUCACCUCCGCCAGCUUCGACGUCGACAUCGAGAACUUCGUCCACCAGCAGGAGCAGGAACACAAACCCUUCUUCAGUGAUGACCCUGAGCUGGACAACCUGGUAGAGAUGGUGAAGGCGAUCCAGGUGCUGCGCAUACACCUGCUGGAGCUGGAGAAGGUCAAUGAGCUGUGCAAGGACUUCUGCAACCGCUACAUCACCUGCCUCAAAACCAAGAUGCACAGCGACAACCUACUCAGGAACGACCUGGGGGGCCCCUACUCCCCCAGCCCCUCCUCCAUCAGCCUCCACCCCCAGGAGAUGCUGCAGAGCUCCCCAGCAGCGCUGCCGCCCACCUCCAACCCGCCGCCGGGCAUCGUGGUGCCAGCGGCCGCACUGCCGCCGAGCAGCUUAGCCGUGGGCGCCGGCAGCGCCUCCCCCGCCGUGCCAGGUGGAGCCUUGUACCAGCCUGUGACGAUGGUGACGUCGCAGGGCCAGGUGCUGGCCCAAGCCAUUGCCCCCGGUGCCCUGCAGAUCCCCAGCGCCCAGGUCAACUUGGAUCUCAGCUCCCUCCUGGAUGGUGAGGACAAGAAGUCCAAGAACAAAAGAGGUGUCCUGCCCAAACAUGCCACCAACAUCAUGCGCUCGUGGCUCUUCCAGCACCUCAUGCAUCCCUACCCCACAGAGGAUGAGAAAAGGCAAAUCGCUGCCCAAACCAACCUGACCCUCCUGCAGGUCAACAACUGGUUCAUCAACGCUCGCCGGCGCAUCCUGCAGCCCAUGCUGGACGCCAGCAACCCUGACCCAGCCCCCAAGGCCAAGAAGAUCAAAUCCCAGCACAGACCCACGCAGCGCUUCUGGCCCAACUCCAUCGCUGCCGGCGUCCUGCAGCAGCAGGGAGGCAACUCGGGGACGAACCCUGAUGGGUCGCUCAGCAUGGACACGCUGCAGCCACUCUCCUCCACCACUGCCACCAUUGCCAUGCAGCAGGCCAUGCUGGCAGCCCACGAUGACUCCCUUGAUGGCACCGAGGAAGAGGAGGAGGAUGAGGAGGAUGAGGAGGAGAUGGAGGAGGAAGAAGAGGAGGAAGAGCUGGAAGAAGAGCCUGGUGGCCUCCCAGCAGCACCCAGCAAUGACCUCAGUUUGGAACACAGUGACUCACUGGAAUAGCUCCUGGUGUCCUCCUCAGCUCAUUGGCAGCACUGGAGUUCCCCUUCCAGGUGCCAAGAGGCCUGGCAAGAACAACCCUACUGGUGACAGAAACGCAAACUGGAGGCACUGGGGGCACCCUGGCAGCCCCUGGGAGCGCAGGAACCACCCCCGUGGUGGCGGACCUGAGGGACACAUGUUUACAGGGCACCUCUCGUGGCCAAGUCAUUUUGGGUUUUUCAGGUUUUCUUCUUCUUUCCCCCUUUUUUCCCCUUUGUUUUUGGUAAGAAAAAGCAUUUGGGGGGCAGCUCUUUCCCCUUGCAGCACGCAGAUGCUGUCAGGUGCUGGUGGAUUUUUACCCUGGGCCACCAUCACUUGGAUUACUUGGUGCAAAAAAAGAACCCACCCCACCCACUCCACCCCAAGACUGAUGCUUUGUGGGGUUUUCCCCCCAGAGAGUUGCCUCAUAGGCAGAAAUAUUGGGAAGGGAAAAAAAAAGAUCACUGAGUGCAAAUUCUGCUUCAGGUCACAUCUGAGGAGGGUUUCCUGCUGUUGACCCAAGGGAUUGCCCAAACCUCCCUGCUUUGGCCCCAGUCCUGCAGCCACAACUCUGGACACAACUUUCUGGAAAAGAGGAAGUUCCACCCAAACAUUUUAAUUUAUGUGCUCAAACCCCAUGGAAUCUGGAACAGAAAAGACCCCAAACCUUGUCCUUGAGGGCUGAGACUUGAACUGGGGCAGGGCCUGCAGGAGUGAGACUCUGCCAGGGCGUUUGGCAGCAAUGCAGGAGAAGGGGGAGGGGCAGUCUGGAAGUGCAGAUUUUCCCUCAGAGCUGAAUGGUGACCCCCAGAGCUCGCCCAGGUGCAAGGAGGCUUGAGAAUGGUGCUCAGGAAGAUGUUUUCUCCCUGAAUCCAUCCACCCAAGUGGUGGAGUUCGACCCCAAAGUGAGCCCCAAGCAGCUCUGCAAAACAAAAAACACCAAAAUAUUUUGGGAGGAACUGUUGGCAAAAAAAAAAAAAAAAGCAAAAAGCAAAUGUCACCUUCAGAGGUGGCAGAAGGGAAGCACAGAAAGGGCUCCUGGAGGAGCCAGGCAGAACUAAUAAAGGUUCCUGCUGGGAAUGCAGCUCCUGGGAGCAGGAUUUCUCUGGUGGCUUUUUGCUGGGUUUUGUCUGUUUUUGGGGCUUGGAGGAGCUGAGCUAAAAAAACCCAACAAAAAGCAGCAGCUGGGGGUAAAGGAAACCAAGUGAUGGAAUGGGCAGAAAAGCCUCUCUGGAUCCAGACCUGGUGUGGAAGUCAUCCGGGUCCCGUGGAGGGUUCAGUGUAAUUUAGUGUGAACUCAUCACCAGUCGCUAUAAAGUGCUACAAGAGGUCCUGCAGCUCUUAUUUUAUUGGCAGCUUCUUCCCCUCAGCAAAAAGGCCCCAAAUCGGUGAACAACUCCCCCAGAUGGGUCAUCAGCCCCCCAGAAGGGGCAAAAUUCCCCUCCAAGAGGUGACUCGAGCCCAAAACAGGUGAGAACUGACCCAAAUCCACAACAAUCCACAGCCAAGCACCAGGGAUUGGCACUGCCAAAAGCGAAGCUGCCUCCAGAACUGACUCGGAGAUCUGCCCCCAAAAUCUGCUAUUUUGACCCCAAAACUGAGUGAUGCUUGCCCUGAAAUGAGUUGUUACUUAAAAAUGAGUUGAUUCUCCUCUCAAAUGA